CUCUGACUCACAGUCUGCAGCGUAGAGAACCCUGCAGGCUCCUUGAGCAGCAUUCGACCGCAAGUGAGCGUGUGUUGCCUGGCAUGCCACCGCUUGCUCUUCCAGCGACGUGCUUGCUCGAGGUAGCAGAGGGGAGCGGCUCAAGAUGGCCGGGGGGUUGCCUGUGUCCCAGCAAGAGUAGAGUGCGAGCCGUAGUAGUGCAGAAAGAAUGACUAGUCCUCUUCAGACGGUGACGCCAAGCUCGUCUGACAGCGACGCUUCGGUCCUGUCUGUUGGAAAGGUGGUUGGGGGUGAGGGGUGGAAGCAGAGCGCGGGGAGAGGCCGGGCCGGGUCUGGGCUAACAGCCAGCAAGGAGCGCGCAGGGCGGCCUCUUGAAGUGCUUGCGCCGGAGCUACGCGAGCAAUACGAGGAUACAGGGGCGGUGCUGGGCAAGGGUACGUACGGGGUGAUCCGCCUGCUUAAGGACAAGCGGAGCGGCACGCAUGUGGCGGCACGGUUCAUUCCACUGCGGCUGUGGUCGCGGCAGAAUGAGAAGGAGAUCAUUCUCAUGGCGCAGCUGCAGCACCCGUGCAUGGUGCGCUUCCAGAAGGCCGUCCUGACAAGUGCGGAUCUAGUGGUCAUCACCGAGGCCUAUGGGAUGGGGAACACGCUGAUGCGCUUUGUGGACAAGAAGAUGCUGACAGAGUCACAGGCAAGGUACCUGUUCCAGCAGCUGGUGGCGGCCACGGAGCUGUGCCACGAGGUGGGGGCCAGCGGGCGGGACCUCAACAUGGAGACGGUCAUCCUGGGCAAGGCCAACCCGCCGGGCCUCAAGAUGCUGCCCCUGGGGAACACGCGCACGGCGCUCAUGCGCGGCUCGGAGCAGGCCGUGCUGCCCAGCAGCAUCUACGCAGCGCCGGAGAUCUUGCAAACGCGGGGGCCGGGUGCGGAGGGGGCGGUGGAGCAGCACGACCGAGCGGAGUUGGCCAAUGGGAAACAAGCGGACGUGUGGUCGCUGGGGGUAAUCCUUGCAGCGCUGGUCUUUCACACAUACCCCUUCGCAGACAAAGGCCCCGAGAAGAACGUGCAGCGCAUGUUCGAGCGCAUCACGGCGGGAGAAUAUCAAAUCCCAGCCAACGUGCAAGUGGAUGAUAGUUUAAGGGAUCUCUUAGAUAGAAUAUUCCAAAUCGACCCCAACAAGCGGAUCACGUUGCAGCAAAUUAAGGAGCACGAGUGGGUGAAGGUAAACAUGCCACCGAAGCUGCGGAGAAGGUAUCAGCCAGUACUCGCAGAAGGUGUGCAGAGCUUUACGGAUGUUUUGAUGGUGCUGAAAAGUGCGAGGGCUGCGUCAAACAAUUCUUGAAAAUGAUAAAGGAUGUACAUAAAAGAUUCUCAGGAAAGGGCUCCCUUCCAACCUGACGCGUAAGUGCCAAAAGACAUAGCUAGCAUGGUGACAAGAACGAAAACUAAAUUGAAGUUAAAUGAUGGCCAAAAAUAAUCUUGUGUCGUGAGACUUCGAGAUCUUCUGAUCUGGAAAACACACUUAGCCGCAUUGGCUACGAAGACCACUGUGUCGACAUUUAAACGUGCUCCAAAGCUGCCGGGACACACGUUUUCGAAGAAUUGGAUCAAUG